AAGUUCUUCCUCUUCUUGCAAUCCUAGCCCUAGUUCUCGCCGCCUUCUCCGCUCCCACAUCUCUUUUAUCCCCGCUUUCUCCCGGGUGAUCUCUUUUAAAUAUCGAGUUCGCGCCCAGAUCCACUACCCCUCUUCGAUCUUGCUUCGAUUCGAUCCUCGGUUUCUUGAGAUCCAUAACUCUUGCUGUUCCUUCAGGAGAUCUGUGCGCAAGUCUCGGAUUUUUUUUAUUUUUUUCACCCGGAGCGGUUUGGGGGCCGAUUUGCUAUCUUCUAUCUGUCUGAAAGAGAAGGGAGAUCGCACGCGGGCGGUCAUGUCUCGGUGCUACCCGUACCCGCCACCGCCUCCCUAUUACGAGGAGGGCCUGAUCGAAUCGAUUAAGCUCUCGAAAGAAAGGGAAAAUGCGAAGAAGGAGAGGAGGAAAGAAAAGAAAAGGGAGAAGAAAGAGAAGAGGGAGAAAGCUGGUCAAGAGAACUCUGAAUGCAAAGAACAUAGCCACAAGAAGAGGAAGUACGAGGAAAAGAGCCAUCUGGAUCAGAAGGUUGGCUACAAUGCAAAAGCAACAACUGCCAAUUCCAUCGAGCAGUUGGAGAAGAGUGGCCUUACAGAAGAGCACGAGCAGCCAUGUUCCAUUCAGAAUACCUAUGACUCCUCUGAGAGCUCCCAGGACAGCAGUAAGAGGAGAAAGUUUGUGGCCACCAAUGCCAGCCAAGCCAGCCAUGGUUUGAUCCUUCGCAUCAGGUUACCACUGGUUAAGCAAAAGGAUCCAAUACCCACAAGCAUGCCAAUUGCAAAACAAAAAGAGCCGGCACCACCUGUAAGCAUGCCAAUUGUGAAACAGAAAGAUCCAAUAUCAUCUGAAAGCGUGCGAGUUAUGAAACAAAAAAAUCCAGUGCCUCCUGCUACCAUGCCAACGGUGAAACAGAAGGAUCUAAAGUCACCUGUCACCCUUCGAACAUUGAAUCAAACAGAUCUAGCACUUACCAGGACCAGCGAAGAGCCAUGCUUCUCGGGCGGCCUUGAAUUGGAAGCAGCGGAAACUCCUCAUAGCAAGUCUGUCUUAAAAAGGAAUAGCAGGAUCUGCAAAAUGGAAAGGCAGUUCGAAGAACUUACAGCAAACUGGAACCCUCCACCUUUGCAGCUCGAGUAUUCAGAUAUGGGCAACCAAGAUUGGUUGUUUGGGUCCUCAAAGAGACGCUCCGGUCCUGAUGCCAACAGGUGCAAAACCAGCACAGAAGGCUCGUUGAGCCAUAUAAGCCGUGUGACCUCUUCUUUGCAGCCUCAAGCUUGUUAUCUGUCUGAGUUUAAUAUGUAUCAACUUCCAUAUGUGAUUCCAUAUUGAACUUGCAGUUGAGAAACUUGCUUGUUGAUCUAAAGCCAUCUGCCACCAUGCCAGUAUUGAAUCAAAUAGGUUUAGUUCCUACCAGAACCAGCAAAGAGCCAUGCUUCUCAGGCAGGGUUACGGGGAUUGCCUCUGAACUGGAAGCAGCAGAAACUCUUUAUAGCAAGUUUUCAAAAAGGAAUAGCAGGAUUUACGAAAUGGAAAGGCAGUUCAGGGAACUUGCAGCAAAAUGGAACCCUCCAUCUUUGCUCGCGUAGCAUUCAGGUAUUGGUCACCAAGAUAGAUAUUGGCAACCAAGAUUGGUUGUUUGGGUCUUCAAAGUGACGCUCCAGUCGUUACGCCAACAGGUGCAAAGCCGGCAUAGAAGGCUUGUGGGGUCAUGGAAGCAGUUUUUGGAUACAGGUGGUGAGGCUGGGAUGGGAAGCAAUUUUUCCGCAUUUAUUUUUUCUAAGGUGCAGUUGAUAGUAACUUGUAUUUAGGGUUUACGUUUGUCAGCAUAUGAAUGAUAUCUAAUUCAUUCCAUAGCUCAUUCUUUUCCAGGAUCUGAUACACCAGUUUUCUUUCAACCUGACUGAUGUUGCUUUUUUGAGAGA